ACUUCAGAUCAGAAGAUGAGUGUUUGUGAGGAGGAAGAGGAGGACAGAGCAGAGUCUCUAGUCUCCGGCUGUCUGUCUAUGAAGAGUGAUCGGUCCAAAAGGUUUCCUCUGUUCUUCAGUAAAGAACCUGGACCCUCAGACACACAGAAGAAGAAGAGGAGUCGUGUUUCUAAGUUCUUUCUGAGGCUGAUGUCCAGAUCCAGAACCAGAGCCGGACUGCAGACGGCCAGUGAGACCAGAAGUGUCCAAAAAGAUAGUGGUCUGCAGGAGGUUUUAGAUGAACAUAAGAUCAGUCUGAAGAAGAGAUGUGAAUGUGUGACUGAAGGAAGUGAUGAAACAGGAAGUGGAACCCUCCUCAACAGGAUCUACACUGAGCUCUACAUCACAGAGGGACAGAGUGAAGAGGUUAAUACCCAAGAUGAGGUGAGGCAGCUUGAGUCAGCUUCCAAGAAGAAGACCCUCCGUGACACUCCGAUCAAGUGCCACGACAUCUUUAAAGCCUCAGCUGACCAACAGAGACGCAUCAGAGUCGUUCUGACCAACGGCGUCGCCGGUGUUGGAAAAACCUUCUCGGUUCAGAAGUUCACUCUGGACUGGGCCGAGGAUUUGGAGAACCAAGAUGUCAGUCUGGUGGUUCUGCUUUCGUUCAGGGAGCUGAACUUGAUCAAAGAUGAGCAGUACAGUCUUCUCCAACUGAUCCAUGUUUUCUAUCCAACAUUACAGAAGGUCCCAGCAGAGAAGCUCUCUGUCUGUAAAGUUCUGUUCAUCUUUGAUUGUCUGGAUGAAACCAGACUUUCAUUGGAUUUCAUCAACAAUGAGGUCGUGUCUGAUGUCACACAGAAGGCAUCGGUCAACGUGCUGCUGACGAACCUCAUCGAGGGGAACCUGCUUCCCUCGGCUCUCGUCUGGAUAACUUCCAGACCUGCAGCAGCCAAUCAGAUCCCUCCUACAUGUGUUGACAGGGUAACAGAAGUACGAGGCUUCACCGACCCCCAGAAGGACGAGUACUUCAGGAGGAGGUUCAGUGAUGAAGAGCUGUCCAGCAGAAUCAUCUCACACAUCAAGACAUCCAGGAGCCUCCGCAUCAUGUGUCUGAUCCCAGUCUUCUGCUGGAUCACUGCUACAGUUCUGGACCACAUGUGGACUACAGACCAGAGAGGAGAGAUGCCCAAGACCCUGACUGACAUGUACUCACACUUCCUGCUGGUCCAGACAAAGAGGAAGAAGCAGAAGUACCAUGAGGGACAUGAGACGAGUCCUCAGGAGCUGACGGAGGCUGACAGGGAAGUUCUUCUGAAGCUGGGGAGGCUGGCGUUUGAACAUCUGGAGAAAGGAAACAUCAUGUUCUACCAAGAAGACCUGGAGCAGUGUGGUCUUGAUGUCACGGAGGCCUCGGUGUUCUCAGGAGUUUGUAGUGAGAUCUUCAAAAGAGAGAGUGUGAUCUUCCGGAAAACAGUCUACUGCUUUGUUCAUCUGAGUGUUCAAGAGUUUCUGGCUGCAGUCUACAUGUUCCACUGUUUCACAAACAGGAAGACAGAGGUACUGAAGGACUUCAUGGGAUAUUACUACAGGUAUUCAUCUCUGGAGGACUUCUUGUGUACAGCCAUGGAGAAAUCCCUUCAAAGUCAAAAUGGCCACCUGAACCUGUUUGUCCACUUCCUUCAUGGCCUCUCUCUGGAGUCCAACCAGAGACUCUUAGGAGGCCUGCUGGGUCAGACAGACAACAGUCCAGAAACCAUCCAGAGAGCCAUCAACAACCUGAAGUGGAUGAAGAGUGAUUAUAUCCCUCCUGGCAGAAGCAUCAACAAUAUCUUCCACUGUCUGAUGGAGAUGAACGAGCUCUCAGGACAUCAGGAGAUCCAAGAGUUCCUGAAGUCAGAGAACGGAUCGGAGAAGGAACUCUCAGUGAUCCACUGCUCAGCUCUGGCCUACAUGCUGCAGAUGUCAGAGGAGGUUCUGGAUGAGUUUGACCUGAAGAAGUACAAGACAUCAGAUGAGGGACGAAGGAGACUGAUUCUAGCUGUGAGGAACUGCAGAAAGGCUCAACUUACUGACUGUGAUCUCUCAUGGACUCACUGUGAAGUUGUGGCCUCAGCUCUGAAGUCCAACCCCUCCCAUCUGAGAGAGCUGGACCUGAGUAACAACUACUACCUGGAGGAUUCAGGAAUGGAGCUGCUGUCUGCUGGACUGAAGAGUCCACACUGUCGACUGGAGACUCUGAGGUUCAGGAGCUGCAGGUUGUCAGACAUCAGCUGUACUUCUCUCGCCUCAGCUCUGAAGUCCAACCCCUCCCAUCUGAGAGAACUGGAUCUGAGAUACAACGAACUGGAGGAUUCAGAUGUGAAGCUGCUGUCUGAUCUUGUGGAGAGUCCAGACUGUAGACUGGAGACUCUGAGAUGGAAGAGAUCUCACUGGAAGUGAGUCCACCAUCAUCUCUGUGAUCCUCUGGAUCUGAUCAGAGGAUCACAGAGGAUCUGGACUCCUCACUCCACCUGGACCUGGAUUUAGUUUAGUCCUUUGGUUCCUUCAUGUGUUCUGACCCUAAAGUGUCUCUGCAGAUGAGUUGUGUUCAUGACAACAUGACAGCAGAUGAACACAUUUAAAUGGAUGUUUCUGCUUUGCUUUCUGUUGCAGCUCCUCCCUGUGGAACGAUGGAGUUCUGCACUUUAUUUACUCAUAUUUCUCAGUAACAGUGGGAGUUGAUAUCACAUGUAUGAAGUUACCUUAUUACCACCAAUACCAGCCACUUCUCAUGUUAUAACAGACUCAGAUUAGCUUGUAACAAACAGGAAGAGAAGAUAAAACCUGAACCUGAACUCAAUAAAUACAUAAAUAUAUCUUUUAUUUUCAUGUUUUCAUUCCAUCUUCACAUCAUGUUCAUCGUAGUUUGUUCUUUGUACUUUAGUGAUCUGUUGUAUUUAAAGUUACUACGAAUAACUUUAAUUUAGUGAAAGAAGACCACCCACUGUCAGAGUGGAGCUCAGAAAACAACCUUCUGCUCAACGUCAGUAAAACCAAGGAGCUGAUUGUUGAUUAUAUAAAAAAGGAGGUGAAGACAUCUCUGUCUCCAUCAAUGGAGCUUCAACAGCUUUACGUUCCUGUGAAUCAGCAUCACAAACAACCUGACGUGGUCCUCACACAUCUCCAUCCUGGAGAAGAAAGACUGUAUUCCUGAAGGAAACUCAAGAAGUUCUUGUUAACUUUGACAGAGGAGCAACAGAAGCAUGACCAACUGUCAUGAGAGAUCAGGG